CCUCUGCAGCUACACUAAUCUCUAGAGGGCAAAUGUAUUAGCUUCUAACAUUCGAGAUCAAAAGAUGAAAAAAAUAAAAACAAGCACUACUUCCAUGAACUUGCUCAUUUCGACAGUUUCAGCAAUAACUAAAAACCUGAAAACAACUGAAACAGUGACAGAGAGUAAGUCCAUUUGGUGUCAGUGUUAAUGCAUGCAGUUUAAUCCUCCACACAUUGUCCGACAGGAAGGACUGGCUCUUAUUCAGUCACGUUGUCCACAUUUGUGCAAACUCUAUUUUCAUUUAACCAGCAAUAUGUAAUGGAAAGUUAAUUUAUAACUUGUCGUCUUGACUGGAAAUCCGGAGUUACUCUGUGUUCAUUCAUUUCACUUUGCCGGUCUCUGUGGAAGGCAGUGUUCCUGAUGUGAAGCUAGAUUAGCUGAGGCACCAAGGAGGACUCUUGAGAUUCCUCUAAAACUAAAAUGUUGGGACAGAGGCAUGUGGAAACCAGCAAUCCAGUUUCACGUCCACAUCUAUCAGAUGGUUUGAUGGACCGUGAGAAAACCGGAGCUGCCCUGUUGCUGUCCGGAGUCUUUCUGGCGAUGGUGGGUGUCACAUUUAUGGCCAUGGACUGGCAUCACUACCAAGCCCUUCUCAGCUUCCAGUGCACCCAACUUCUGGGCCCCUUCCUGAUCUCAGUCGGAGGUGCCUUCAUGCUCACCAGCGUCUGCAGGUUUAAUUCGGUGUCCUGUUGGCCUCGCAGGCGACAGGAGGAAGAGGUAUAUGUUGUUCCUGUGCGGGAACAAAACUCAAGAGGUCACCCGGUUGUGGUUCAGUCCAUAAAUCAGCCGGUGAUGUUACAGGGCACCGUAACAAGGCUGUGUAUCCCACCUGCUUAUGACUUCGUGACCCAGGAAGCACAACCACAAGACGAUCCUCGGCCCGGAAGCUCUGUGAGCGGCGGCAACGCAGACCUUCUGCCUUCGUACGAAUCUCUGUACCGCUCGGACAACGCAACGUUUACGGCAGAAGACCGUGCACCGCACAGCGCAGAGGCAGGUCACAGAAGCAGAGCACCGAAGACGGAAAGCGAAAGAGGACGCCUCGAACGGGAUGGGUCCACCUGUUCUAAACAACCACCUGCGUACAAAGACGUUUGCCCUUCGCCUCCCAAACACGAUUCGGCUUAAAUGUCGGAGCAUCCGGUGGGCGACGUCAAAGCUUACGCUGACGACGUUGUUCCUUUUCCUUCUGGCAGGCUAAAAGAAAAAAGAA